CCGAAAUCCCCAACUUUCCCCCCUAAAAUCCCUAAUUUCCCCCAUCCAAGAAAGAAACCCAGAAGCUUAUUCAACUGUGUUUCUUCCCAAUUGAAGCCAAGUCAAUUCUUGUUUGUUCUUCGUCUUAAAACUCUCAAAUUCCAGCAAAGGUUUUUUGGUUCUAGAAUCUUCGCGACACGGCACACGGUGCCGUACAUGUGCUUGCGAGAGAGAUGGCGAUAGAUACCGAGCAAAAGUCACCCUCCGAUGGCAAAGUUUGGGGAAUUUUUAAGCUGCCUUUUCGCCAAACCGGGAAUAAUACCAAAACGACUCCGUCUUCUUCUUCAGCGUCUAAUCUAUACAUUCAAACUCAACCUCAUGCCGAAGGAUCGAAUCAUCACGGCUCUACCAUUUCAGUUUCCUCCGUUGCAAAGUCGCUUUUGCCGACUCGGCGUCGGCUCAAACUUGAUCCAGCUAAUAAGCUAUAUUUUCCAUAUGAACCUGGCAAACAGGUGAGGAACGCAGUCAGGAUAAAAAACAUAAGCAAGUCAUAUGCAGCUUUCAAGUUUCAAACAACUGCACCAAAGAGCUGUUUCAUGCGCCCUCCGGGUGCCAUUCUAGCCCCUGGCGAGAGCAUCAUAGCAACGGUCUUCAAGUUCGUGGAGCCUCCUGAGAACAAUGAAAAACAGAUGGAUCAAAAGAGCAGGGUUAAGUUUAAAAUCAUGGGUCUACAAUUGACUGGUAGAAGUGAUGAGACUAUUGCUAUGAUAGAAUCCUAUUUACGGGCUAAUAAGAUGUUUGUAGACCACAACGAGCCUCAGAUUGAGAAAGUAUACUCUUCUUACUUGGAACCAAAACUUGAGGACGUUGAACUCUGUAUAUCAGGGCCCGAGAGGUCGCAUGAUCGAGUUCCUUUGCAAGAAAUGAAAGCAGAUUGGCAUGCUUGCUUAGACAACAGAGUUGGAUUCAAGGUAAAUAAUUCAAAAGGUGCCGAACAUAGGGAUCAUGAAGAUGAUUCUGUUGCCAAGAUGAAGGUUGCUGAGGAAGCCUUGGAAGCAAAACAAAAAGUAACAAAUAGCUUGUCUGCUACCUAUGAUUCUAUUGUAUUUAUAAUUUUGUGACAAAUUGUUCUUGGUACUCUGAAGAUAUUUAUGGAAAAUUACCCUAUGGUUCUAUUGUAUUUAUACUGCAUGGCUGUACCAUGUAUUUCUUAACUAGUUUGAUAAAUUUUA